GUACAGUGGUACAGUGGUUAGGUUCUGGGGCCUUUCUGUUUGAUCCCAGAACACGUCCAUGUUGGGGUUGGGUUAUUUGGAAACUGUAGAAACUGGAGGUGGAACGUGGAUGGUUGUUGAACUUUGACGAUCCGGUUAUUUUGAACUAUGACUUAUUAUUUUAUUGCGAAACACGAAACACUGGAGUAAUUACCUCCUUCAAACCUCUGUUGACUGAGACGAUGUGAAAGGAAACUGGAUUUACUUGAUUCAGUUGAAUAAUUUUAUUAGAGUAAUAACACUUAUAAAAGUUAUAGUAAGAAGAAUAGCACCUUAAUACAUUAUCUUAAAUAUCUACAAAUAUUACUACAUAAUCACAGGUAUAACAUUCUGUGUCAUUAAUACACAUGUGAUAUUUGGGUUAGAGAGCCAAAAAGCAACAACUUUCCACGACUUAUGUUGUUUUCUAAUAUUCGCUGCAUGAAAACACUCAUUGCCCCAAACAGAAUAUUAUAUUUGAUUAUGUGAAAACAAGGUGAUUUGACAGACGAGAAUGAAUCAUUCAUUAUUCUGCGUGAGGUGGAUUUCUGUUUCCGCUGAUCUCGGACUCCCGGACUCGCUUCUGCCACAAAUACACAUUUUCAUCGCGGCUGUUUGACAACGAUGGCUCGGUCGUGCUCGAGGAACUUCUCUCUCGUCGUUGCUCUUUGACCCCGGAGAACCAACCCUCUCUGCGGCAGUGGAGACUCUUUUGCUGAACAGUGGUUCUGUUCAAGCGGAACUCAUUUGCUGCCUCAUUGAAACGCCAUUAUAACCAAGAUGGAGUGAAAUGAACUCUUAUGGACGCGCUCCGCCGCUGACUCAACCAGUCUUUCUUAAAUUUGAUUUCUAUCUUGUUCAUAUUCUCCUCACUACCCCCAGCUCCACCUUUACACGUGCACACCGUGACUUCAGACAUGCUAGUCGUUAUCGGAGCCGGGGCCUCGACUCCUGCUCUCAAAUAAACACACAAGAGCACUUAGGCCAGAUGGGCUUCAGGGCCAUGAAGGACAGGACAGAGCAGGUUCAGGCUUUACACAGAAAGAGCUGAGACGAUUGAACGAAGGGGAAUAAAGAGCGUGAUCCAGGGAAUGGAAAACCUCUCUGAUCGCGCCACACUGUUUUCUUCCUGAUGUUAAACCUGCCACAGCAAUAAAAGAGAAAACACAUUUCAUGUAUUUUGUUUACGAACACGGAGCUGAGGUAAAUGAAACGGGACACACAGCUGUAUCCGUGCCGACAUGCCCGGGGUCCAUGAUGCCUCCGUGUUGAGAUGGAAACCAGUCGACCCACAGGUCAUCAAUGUUGUAUGUUUCAGGCUUUUAAGUAUUGAGCAGAGCCCCCCCCCCCCCCGUGAGACUUCUAAGGAGAUUGGUUCUGUCAGACCAGCAGCAGGAAAGCAUCUCAUAAUGUGAUCUCAGCAAGAGCAGGGCUUUAUUAUUUAGAGACAACAAACUUGUCUGUGAGUGUGUGAGAGUGUGUGUGCGUGUGUGUGUGUGUGUAUGUGUGUGUGUGUGUGUGCGUGUUUCAGGAGCUGACAUCAGGACAGUGAACAUGAGAGAGCUCACUUCAGGCGUCCUACACACUAAGUUCUGGGUCGUGGAAACACAUUUACAUCGGCAGUGCCAACAUGGACUGGAGGUCCCUCACACAGGUGAGGGAGCUCGGCAUGGUCGUCUACAACUGCAGCUGUUUGGCCGAAGACUUGAGUGAGCUGCUGUGUUCAGGGGACAGGAGGGAGGUAGAGAUCCCAGGUUGUUCGGUUUGGUCCGUGGAGCUGAUCAAAGAUCAACUUUGCAAACUGGUGCAGGAGCGAGACGGAGAGACAUGUCACAUCAACUCCACAAUCAUGGACUUCUACAAUGUGACAGAUGUUCAUACGAAUGGGCUUCUCUCAAUCUGUAAUGGAAACAGAACGAGUGACCUACCUGUGGAACGUGUAGAGCCGACAGGAGUCUCUGGAGACAGGAACAUCAUCACAAAGCAGCGUUGGCACACUCCAAGAAGAAAUCUACAAGUGGGCGAUAUUGUAAUGGACGCUGAUGUACUGCUGCCCAGAGGUGAUUGAGACUUGCCAGGGUUUUAGAGACAGUCAGUGGUAAAGAUGGGCUUGUGAGGAAGGUGAAAAUCACAGUGGGAAAUAAGAACUUGAAUGUAAAGGGUAAACGCUCUGGUAAACUUUCUGUGUUGGAACUUUCAGUGCAGAAGUUAGUUCUGCUGUUAGAAGCUACUUGAGCUAUGUUUCCAAAAUGCACUGAUAUAGUAGAUGAUCAAUUAUUUGUUGUUAUCGUCAUUCGAUUACAAACAC